CCACACCCCAAGGAUAUGCAGGCAUUCUUACACCGAAUGAACCAGUGUGCGGCAUCAAAAGUUGACAAAAAUGUCACAGAGGAAACAGUGAAGAUGCUGUUCUCAAACAUUGAAGAUAUCCUUGCUGUACAUAAGGAAUUCUUAAAAGUUGUGGAAGAAUGCUUACAUCCUGAACCUAAUGCCCAGCAAGAAGUGGGGACCUGCUUUCUUCACUUUAAGGACAAGUUUCGUAUCUAUGACGAAUAUUGUAGUAACCACGAGAAGGCACAAAAACUGCUGCUUGAACUGAACAAAAUUAGAACAAUCCGGACAUUUCUUUUGAACUGCAUGCUACUCGGAGGACGGAAGAACACAGAUGUCCCUCUGGAAGGAUAUUUAGUGACACCGAUACAAAGAAUAUGCAAGUACCCUCUCCUUUUGAAGGAGUUGCUGAAGCGGACUCCAAGGAAACAUAGUGACUACGCAGCAGUGAUGGAAGCCCUCCAAGCCAUGAAAGCUGUGUGUUCCAACAUAAACGAGGCCAAGAGGCAAAUGGAGAAGUUGGAAGUUUUAGAGGAAUGGCAAUCUCACAUUGAAGGCUGGGAGGGGUCCAACAUCACCGACACCUGCACUGAAAUGCUCAUGUGUGGCGUCUUACUGAAAAUUUCUUCUGGAAAUAUUCAAGAACGGGUGUUCUUUCUUUUUGACAACCUUUUGGUGUAUUGCAAAAGAAAACACAGACGGUUGAAGAAUAGCAAGGCAUCUACAGAUGGACAUCGGUACCUUUUCCGUGGCCGGAUCAAUACAGAAGUGAUGGAAGUGGAGAAUGUGGAUGAUGGGACAGCUGACUUCCAUAGCAGUGGACACAUCGUUGUUAAUGGAUGGAAGAUACAUAACACAGCCAAAAAUAAAUGGUUUGUGUGUAUGGCAAAAACACCUGAAGAGAAACAUGAAUGGUUUGAAGCUAUUUUGAAAGAAAGAGAACGGCGGAAAGGUUUAAAAUUAGGAAUGGAGCAAGACACCUGGGUAAUGAUCUCUGAACAGGGUGAGAAACUCUAUAAAAUGAUGUGCAAACAAGGAAACCUGAUCAAGGACCGAAAAAGAAAACUGACAACGUUCCCUAAAUGCUUCCUUGGAAGUGAAUUUGUGUCCUGGCUGUUGGAAAUUGGGGAGAUUCACAGGCCUGAAGAAGGUGUGCAUCUGGGACAAGCGUUAUUAGAAAAUGGGAUCAUCCACCAUGUUACUGAUAAACAUCAAUUCAAACCAGAACAGAUGUUAUAUAGAUUUCGCUAUGAUGAUGGAACAUUUUAUCCAAGAAAUGAGAUGCAGGAUGUGAUUUCAAAGGGCGUAAGAUUAUAUUGCCGUCUUCAUAGUCUAUUUACUCCAGUGAUAAGAGAUAAAGAUUACCAUUUAAGGACCUACAAAUCUGUUGUAAUGGCCAACAAACUGAUAGACUGGUUGAUUGCACAGGGGGACUGCCGUACCAGAGAAGAGGCCAUGAUAUUUGGUGUCGGACUCUGUGACAAUGGAUUUAUGCACCAUGUCCUUGAAAAAAGUGAAUUCAAAGAUGAACCCCUACUUUUCCGUUUUUUUGCGGAUGAGGAAAUGGAAGGAUCCAAUAUGAAACAUCGACUUAUGAAACAUGAUUUAAAAGUUGUGGAAAAUGUUAUAGCUAAAUCAUUAUUGAUUAAAUCCAAUGAAGGCAGCUAUGGUUUUGGGUUAGAAGACAAAAAUAAAGUGCCAAUAAUUAAGUUGGUAGAAAAGGGGUCUAAUGCUGAGAUGGCUGGCAUGGAAGUUGGGAAAAAGAUUUUUGCUAUUAAUGGUGACCUAGUUUUUAUGAGACCUUUCAGUGAAGUGGAUUGCUUCCUGAAAUCAUGCUUAAACAGCAGAAAACCUCUCAGAGUUCUUGUGAGCACAAAGCCAAGGGAGACAGUGAAAAUCCCAGAUUCAGCUGAGGGACUUGGAUUCCAGAUCCGAGGGUAUGGGCCAUCCGUUGUGCACGCAGUAGGAAGAGGAACUGUGGCUGCAGCCGCUGGUCUUCACCCCGGACAGUGUAUUAUCAAAGUCAAUGGGGUCAAUGUCAGCAAAGAGACACAUGCCAGUGUCAUCGCACAUGUCACAGCCUGCCGGAAAUACAGGAGACCAAUGAAGCAAGAUUCCAUCCAAUGGGUUUAUAAUAGCAUUGAGAGCGCACAAGAAGACCUUCAAAAGGCGAACUCCAAACCCCCUGGAGAUGAAGCAGGGGACGCUUUCGACUGCAAAGUAGAAGAGGUGAUUGACAAGUUCAACACCAUGGCUAUCAUCGACGGGAAGAAGGAACACGUGAGUCUGACGGUGGAUAACGUCCAUCUGGAAUAUGGGGUCGUGUACGAGUAUGACAGCACAGCUGGGAUAAAGUGCAACGUGGUCGAGAAGAUGAUCGAGCCCAAAGGUUUCUUCAGCCUCACGGCCAAGUUCUCUCGUGUACUAAAGAACAGAGCCUGGCCCACCUUUAAACAAGCCAAAUCGAAAGUCUCCCCACUGCACAGCAGUGAUUUCUGCCCUACCAAUUGCCAUGUCAACGUGAUGGAAGUUUCUUACCCCAAGACGUCGACCUCCCUGGGGAGUGCAUUUGGGGUCCAGCUGGAUAGCAGGAAGCAUAAUUCUCACGAUAAAGAGAAUAAGUCUGAGCAAGGGAAGCUGAGCCCGAUGGUGUACAUUCAGCACACAAUUACAACCAUGGCGGCCCCUUCUGGCCUGUCUCUGGGGCAGCAGGAUGGGCAUGGUCUCCGGUAUUUGUUAAAAGAGGAAGACUUAGAAACCCAAGAUAUCUAUCAAAAACUGUUGUGCAAACUUCAGACGGCACUGAAAGAAGUGGAGAUGUGUGUUUGCCAAAUAGACGACCUUCUGUCUUCGAUAACGUAUUCGCCUAAAUUAGAACGUAAGACGUCAGAGUGCAUAGUCCCAACAGACAGCGACAAUGAGAAGGGAGAGAGAAACAGCAAACGAGUCUGUUUUAAUGUGGCAGGAGAUGAGCAGGAAGACUCAGGCCAUGAUACCGUGAGCAACCGAGACUCCUACAGCGACUGCAACAGCAAUAGGAAUUCCAUCGCCUCCUUCACUAGUAUUUGCAGCAGCCAGUGCAGCUCGUAUUUUCACAGUGACGAAAUGGACUCAGGUGAUGAACUUCCCCUGAGUGUUCGCAUUUCUCAUGAAAAACAGGAUAAGAUACAUAGUUGCCUUGAGCAUCUUUUCAGCCAGGUGGACUCCAUUACCAAUCUCCUAAAAGGGCAAGCUGUUGUGAGAGCCUUUGAGCAAACCAAGUACCUCACCCCAGGUCGAGGAUUACAAGAAUUUCAGCAGGAAAUGGAACCCAAGCUGAGCUGUCCAAAAAGGUUAAGACUUCACAUCAAGCAAGACCCUUGGAAUCUUCCCAGCAGCGUCCGGAGUCUUGCUCAGAACAUCAGAAAAUUUGUUGAAGUUAUUUGUAUGUCAGUUGGAGGUGGUGAAGAGUAUUCAGCAAAAUUACAGCAUAAUCCCAGUCACUACCAUUAUUUUAGGAUGUUUGACAACAGCAAGGAAAAUGAGAUGGAGACGUGGGAAGCCAGCAGACGGUGGCUGGACCAGAUAGCGAAUGCUGGUGUCCUUUUUCACUUUCAGUCUCUGCUGUCACCAAACUUGCAUGUCCUGAUUUUAGGAAGUAAUAGAACAUCAAAUGUCAUUUUAGAUGUUCCUCUUACAUAUCAAGUGGAAGGAAGCCGACAAGCUCUGAAAGUUUACUUCUACAUUGAUAGUUACCAUUUUGAACAAUUGCCUCAGCGGUUGAAAAACGGAGGAGGGUUCAAAAUCCAUCCUGUUCUUUUUGCACAAGCACUGGAGAGCAUGGAAGGAUAUUACUAUCGAGACAAUGUUUCAGUGGAAGAGUUUCAAGCCCAAAUCAAUGCCGCCUCAUUGGAAAAGGUCAAGCAAUACAAUCAGAAGCUCAGGGCAUUCUACUUGGACAAGUCAAAUUCACCGCCAAACUCCACAUCCAAAGCUGCCUAUGUCGAUAAGCUCAUGAGACCACUCAAUGCUUUGGAUGAACUUUACCGGCUGGUAGCCUCGUUCAUCAGAUCCAAGCGCACAGCUGCCUGUGUGAACACGGCGUGCAGUGCCUCAGGAGUGGGGCUGCUCUCAGUGUCCUCAGAGCUCUGCAGCAGGCUGGGGGCCUGUCACAUCAUCAUGUGCAACAGCGGCGUGCAUCGGUGCACCUUGAGCGUGACGGUGGAGCAAGCCAUUAUUCUGGCCAGAAGCCAUGGACUGCCACCUCGCUACAUUAUGCAGGCUACUGAUGUGAUGCGGAAGCAGGGAGCAAGAGUUCAGAACACAGCAAAGAAUUUGGGAGUCAGAGACCGGACCCCACAGUCUGCUCCCCGGCUGUACAAGCUGUGCGAGCCGCCUCCCCCCGCUGGAGAAGAAUAGAGAACCCCAAGGAACGGAGUGAGCAGACGCUUUGGGACACGGGACUAGACAAAGGGCAGUCUGGUGAAACAUUCUCCACGCAAGAUAAAGACAGGAAUUUUUUCUCGAAAUCUUUCAUCAUGGUGUAAAUAAGUCAUAGUCAGCUUGUACUUAGAUAUUUCUGCUGGAAAUGGAUAGAUGGUCAUUCAGACAGUUCAGCUCCAUACACAGAUCCCUCUAUGUAUUGACAUGACUCUUUAUUUUUAGGGUCCAAUUCAUCCCUGGAAAUGACAGGGGGGAAAAAAAAAAAACCUGAGGAAAACAGUGAACCAUUGUGCUUCCUGUCCCAUGUAUGAAAAUUAUUUUAUUGGGUUCUAUAUUUCACCUCCUCUGAAUGGGAGCACGUAAUCAUGGAUAUUUCCAUUUGAAGCGGUCUGUCACUGAAGAAACAUGGCCACAUUUUCUAACUCCUACAGAAAUGUUACAGACGACAGAGACCAAGUAGUUUCUGCGGGAAAAGUGAAGAGCGUGCUUUCCUCUUUCUAAGGACAUAUUUCUCAGUAGAGGAGAGAGCGAUGGAGGCCUCCAGCAAGACCUUCUUCCGGCUGCUUUUAGGCGUCUUUUAUGCUCCUGGACGGCUCCAGCAGCCAGUACUACUGUGGGUCUCAGAAAAGGGCAUGGCUCCCUUGGGCCACGCUUGCUCGUGCUGUGCCAGAGAUGUCAAGGAUCUGCUAGGGAUUGGGGAGCUGCGGAAUGGAAGGUGAGGGUGGGAAAACCAGCCAAUUAAAAAAACUCAACCUUUAACCUAGAUCCCCAAAACUCUUAAUUUUCUUAAAGCUUUCAGAGGAGAUGUCAGACUCUUAAGAGACUAUGCUUUGCUGAGUAUUUUUCUAUCAAGGUAUAUUAUAUAAGGUGUGAAAAUAAAGCUUUACUUGUUGAACUUUAAAAGGACUGCUAGAGACGUUGGUAAAUUUAUGGAAGCACAAGAUGUAUUCUAUUUUAAUUCUAAAGUCUAUGUAAUGUUUAUCCUUUCUACUUUGAUCAAAUAACAUUGGUGUUUUUAGCAUAGUGACUAUGGUAUUAUAAUAUUGAUUUGAAAUCCAUAAUUUUCAAAACAAUUAAGAUGCCCUUAUUGGGAUUGUGAUAACUAUUUGGAUUUAGACUUAUUUAGUAUGUGAACUGCUUUUCAUAACUAAAGUAUAUAAAAACCAUUAUUAAAUUUUAAUUUAUAAAAUUUGUCCUUGGUUUUCAAACUAUCAUUAAAAACCUUCAUUACUAGCAGUUGUGUAUUUAAUAACAAAAAUGCUGUUUAUAUAUGACUGAGGUACUUACAUACCUGUCAAGGUGAUGAUUAUUGUUAUUUGGCACAGAAACUUUUAAGACUUUUGCAAUAAGGCCAUAGUAUAGUGAAAAAUAAAGAACAUCAGAGUUUUCAAAGAAAAGGUUGAACACUUGGAAUUUAAUUAAGAUUAAAUUAAUCUUAAAUCUGACCCUAAAAUGAAUAUCAAUAUUAGGUACAUCCUUAACUUAAAACGACUUGACAUUCUCGAUAUUAUCAGCAAGUGAAUCCUAAAGGUCCAUGAUAUUAGUAAAUUGUGAUUUUCCUGUACUGAAAAUUUCAUUAUGUUCCAUGUAGGGCUAAUGAGUGAGCAAAUCUGAUUAACCAGCAAGUACUUUUCACAUUAUCAUUAAUGUUUUCUAAUUACUCUCCUGGAAGCAGUAAUUUCUUAGAAGGAUGAAGGGUCCCUUAACCAUUUAAUUCGCACUUUGCUGUGUUUCAUGGGGGUAAUUAUCUGCUAUUGUGGUAUUUAUAAAUUAGCAUAUUUUUCAGGAUCUGCUCUCUCUGCAAUAUAAUGUGUUUACUAUUAUUUUAAGGGUUCAACAGUGUAAGUGUACCAUCUUCUUUAAUAAGUGCUUGGCAUUUACUAAAUGCCCCAAAGUUAGUAAUGGUUUAUCUGAUCAUUAGUCACUGUCUGUUUCGAUGGUAAUAAACGUUUCAGAUAAAACUUAAGUAAUUACUGUGGGCCAAACAAUACGUCCAAGUCCUACUGGACUGUUGUUAUUGCUUCACUCUUUCUCAUAUUGACAAUUUGAGGUGGUACUCUUUUCAUCACCCCCUUUUUACAGUUGAACUGAAGCCAAGAAUGGCCCAGUGACUUGCCCAAGACUACAUGACUGCCAAGUAAAUAGAAUCAGGAUUUGAACCCAGGAAGUGUGCCUUCUUAAUACAUUACGCUGCUUCUUAGGACCGCAAGAACUGUUGUAAUAUAACCAAUCAUUUGUUAGUAAAGUGGGAAUUAUGUGGAGUGUGUUGCCAUUAAAUUAUACAUCUUAUAUGGAGAAAAAAAGUGAAGGGGAAUAUGGAAAA